AUGAAUUUUAAACCUAUUAUUACAUAUACAGGUGCUGCUCCAUUAUUUCGUUCAUUGGAGGCCCAAAUCUCAAAUGCUAUACCCUUGGACACAUGUGAAUGGCGUCGCACACUGCAUCGACCAACUAAACAUGUUCGACUGGAUGCCCAAUUUCAGCCCUUCAAUGUGAAACUUUUAGAGAAAUAUAAAACAGGAGAAUGGAGUAUAGUCGAGCAUCCCAUAUUGCAUGUUUAUGUGACGGAAUGUAAUGAUGUUGACAAUUAUAAGAAAACAACCCAUGAGGAAAUAGAUAAAUGGUUAAAAUUAUUGACCAGUUAUGAUGUCAGUGAUUGGAUGAUUCUCCUGGUUGAGACAAUAGAUGUGCGAAAGACCAAAAAUCUAUUGCAGAGGACAACGGUGUUGGAUAAAAUUCGUCUGGAUUUUGGUGCCAAGAAUGAUGAUCGUUGUAUUUCGGUACUUAAUCCCGCGAAAUUUGAACAAAAAUCAACAGAAAGUUUUAGGUGUCUGGUACAACGUAUUAGGUUCCUAAUGCUGGCCAGUUAUAAUCGUAAUAUUGGCAAAUAUGAAGAAUUAAUACGUUCCAAACGUGAAAAACGCAAUCACGACGGUUGGGAUUUCCGUCAAUAUUUCUUUAUGCAGGAAGAUUUGGCAUUGGUUUUUGAAAAAUUGGAACUGCAUACGGAUGCCCUUAUUCAGUACGAUGAGCUAGAUGCCAUAUUUUCCCAAUUCAUAACCAACUCCAGUUUUGGAGAAAAACAAAAAUGGUUGGAAUAUUUUCGUAAACCUCUGACCUCUUUCCACGGCAUUUGCCUUCGGCGAAAGGAUCGUUUUGAAUUGCGCGACAAGAUGCGUAACGAGGGUGUUUCGUUAUUGGAAUUCCGCAACUAUUUAUUCGAACGCCAAGCCUAUUUGUUGCAGCAGAGCAAUGAUACACCCUACAUAGCUAAACGGUUGUUGCCUUUUCUGUUUUCAACAUUACGAGAAGUUGAAUUGGUGAAACUGGAAUAUCAAGAAGGUGCCUUGGCCUGUUGGGAAUUUGUGUGUGCCCUGGAGGUAUUACAGGUGUGUGAAAUACCAAUGGAAGACCAAGAACUUACGUGUUUUCAACACUGUGCUCCCAUUUGGAAUCUGGCCAAGGAUAAGCUGUACGAAUUGGGUAAACUGUGUGGCUUGCUGCCAGGAUGUACACCCACUUCAGCUCAACUACAUAUUGUGGUACAAUUAUCAGCUGGCAUCGGAGAUACUCCCAUUGAUCAGCAGCAGCAAUUUUUAAAUCCCACCCCACAGCAAAGGGAUCGUUCACCUGCCCGUAAGCCACGCAAAUCUGCUCCGGAACAAUUGAAAGAAGUCUUGGGUUCGAAUCAGGCCUUUCAAAAACUGUAUUUGGAAUUAGCUGAAUUGGCUAUUAGCACCUACAAACAUGUAUCACGUUUGAGGUCAGCACGUUUGGUUGGUUUAGAUCUGGGCAAUUUUUAUUGUGCCUUAAAUGAACCGCAUAAGGCGGUGGGAUUCUUCACAGAUCUCUUGCGGGAGCUGAAGGCAGAAAACUGGCCAUCCUUGUGUUCUCAAACUUUGCUUGAAUUGGCAAACUGCUAUCGCAAAAUGGGUGAUGCCAUGGCCUACACCAAAACAUGCAGUGUCAUUUCUUGUUGUCCAGAACUUGAAACGUUGGUGCGUUCGUUUUAUUUCGAUGAAUUUCUCAAAUCUUUAAAAUCUCUCAAUUCUGUGUUAUCCGCCCAACCAUCCCUGGAGAAUGCCAACUUUUGUAUUCUGGAGGAUCAUUUUCGUAUUAGCAGCAUUCAGGUGUUGAACGAAAAACCAAUAAUUCAGGAUGACAUCAUACGAGUGGAGUUGCAGUUUGAAAGUUUAUAUCCAAGAGAAAUUCUAGUUGACGAAAUCAAGUUGUCUUUUGAGCGGUAUAUAGCGCCUCUUCCAAAUCAGGUGAAUACACCAAAUGCGAUAGCACAAAAGGUUGGUUAUCUCAAAGACAAUCGUCAGAAAUUCUCGUUGCUGUUGCAUCGGAAACAAAACAAACAAUUAUAUUGUGCCUCGGUGGCAUGUGAUACACCAAAGCCGAAGCAGCCCGUGAGGAGGACAAGUAGUACUAAACGUAAACUGUCACCUAGUAUUCAGUCAGAUUUUAGCAAUGCAGUCUGUGUGGAGAAUAUUGUUAUUCAGCCUGGUGCAAAUAAAAUCGAAUUGAAAACUAAGGGUACACGUGUGGGGCAAUGGGAGUUUAAACAGUUACGUUUGCAAAUGUCUAAAUUGGAAUUUCUUUCCGAAUACUUGCCGGUUAAAGUUUUACCCUUUGACAUCACCACCAAACCGGCCACGGCAGUUCUACACUUUAAAACGCUUAUAGCUGGCAUAGAACAACCCAUACGUUUACAUGUUUCCGGUGGUAGUUUUAUAUUUCCCCCAGAUGCCAAAAUAACAUUAAAAUGCUCAAAAAAUCUACGAAUACGCAUGCAGAACCAAUCAAAAGAAGAAGAUUGUGAUACCAACAAAGAAAAUCCCGAUGAGGAUGCCACAUUUGAAAGCACACUGCAUGUGCCUCUGAUGAAUUUCAAAUCCUUUGAAGAACGUGAUAUACCAUUGGAAGUUUUAACGGAUAUGCCGGGACGCAAAUUGACCAAACACCUUGAACAUCACAUUACACUGAGUUGCCCCUGGUCGCGCAAUGAAUUACAGAUACCCAUUGAAUUCCAGCCGGCCAUAGAGGCUUCGUGUCACUUGCACACCUGUGGAACUCAAAAGUUUUUGCAAGUGAUUGUUAGGGGUUUGGAGGCGCAUCUGUAUUUGUCCGAGGCACGGGUGCGAUGUGAUGUACCAGGUGUACGUUUGAUCGAUUUGAAUCCGCCAACACAACAGAAAAUUGAAAUCUACAAAACGCUGACGGUAUUUUUUCUUUAUGAAAUCCAAGUGGAGCCAUUAGGGACAGAAACAGAAUUCCCCGUAAUAAAAGUGCAUUUCAUGACAAAAUAUUCGAGUGUGGAUAAACCCUAUUUGCUGCGUAAUUUUGGUUGUGCCUUCGAUUUGGUGGACUAUGUAACGCUGUUCAAAAUCGAAGCCCAAUUGGAACCAAAUGAACUGCGUCGUCUGAAAUCUGUGUGCAAUUUAAAUUUGAAGAUAACCAAAAUACAUGAAAAUCCGUACAGUGAUUUAAUGUAUGAAGUACUAUCCGAUCAAAAUUCCUGGGCUGUAUGUGGACGUUCUUCGGGUAUUAUUUCCAUGAAAGAUGUGGGAAGCCAUUCUAUUUCACUGGAUGUUAUGCCAUUGUGUACUGGUUUCUUGCCCAUGCCUAGCAUACGUUUGUCGAAAUACAUCACAUGUAAUAAAACUAAAGCUGAUACUCAUUCUAAAGUACAUCCAUUCCCUCCGGGCCAAUUAUACAAUUCAACAAAAUCCAUGCAAAUCCAUGUCAUAGCCACAGCUGGUGAACAAUAA